GAGAGCGGGAGAGAGAAAUCUGGGGUUGAGGCAGUCGCCGGCAACCCGGCCGAGGUCGCCGGUUAAGGUGGGGUUAAAAAAAAAAAAAGUUAUACAGUUACCGUUGGUCAAAAAAUGUCAAUUGUGUAGCGCUACGCCACUGAUCAGUCAAGUCUUUCAAGUGAAUGGCUGACGUUUCUAACUUUCUACUCACCAUCCACCCAUCCACAAUCCACCCUAUCCCUUUCCUUCUCUCUUCUUCCCCAUCUCACUCUCUCUGUAUCUAUCUUCACUCUCUGAAAAUGGCGACGUUACGGUCCCUGGGAUUCUCCUGUGCCCCAUCUCACUCUACCCGUCAUCGUCCCCGACUUCCCUCCGGUUUCUUAGCUUCGCCAGUUCACCAAAGUGCAAGCUCGGUAUUCUAUGGCCAGAGUUUGCACCUGCCCCGUCUGCAAUGGGCCAGCAUAAAAUUGAACGCACAGCCUUCCAGACCUGUAAUUCAGAUGGUCAAGCCGACCAUCCAGUUCAUCCAGGGGACGGAUGAGCAGACUAUCCCUGAUGUCAGGCUGACCAAAUCAAGGGAUGGUACGAAUGGCGUUGCUAUAUUCAGGUUCGAGCAACCUUCGGUCUUUGAUGCUUCUGGUGACGUUGGGGAAAUCACAGGAUUCUACAUGAUCGAUGAGGAAGGGGUCCUCCAGUCUGUAGAUGUGAGCGCAAAGUUCGUCAAUGGGAAGCCUUCAGGGAUUGAGGCCAAGUACAUAAUGCGGUCGCCUCGGGAGUGGGACAGGUUCAUGAGAUUCAUGGAGCGAUACUCUAAUGAGAACGGGCUGCAGUUCAUCAAGAAAUGACGCUGUGUAUAUUCCCUUUCCCAGCUUCCAAUUUUCAUCUGACUGACUGGUUCUUAAUUUUGGCCUUUCUGUUUCUUCCCAUAUUCUUAAUUGAAAAAAAAAUGCACAAAUAUGACUAUUUUUCGCGCAUCUUAGAAGUGGCGGGCUCUGUGUCAGUUAAGCAAUUACAUUUAUCGCGUCCUAUUUUAUUGGUCAUGUUGCGGGAUGGUCUUGUAGGCUUAAGGCAGAGAUGAGAAGAUUACACGGCAAACUCGGAAAUGUAUUACUGUUUCUUUAUGGAAGCUUUCUAGACAUGAGAAUUGAAUUGAGUA